AUGUUACAGUACAAUAGAUCAGUGCUACAAAAGUUUGCCAAAGUCAAGUUGCACCAAAGAGUUCAAACCGCCAUCAGACAACAUACGUCGGUAGUGACUACGGUACCGAAUUCGAUACCGUUGUCGCCAUUCACAAACCGUUUUCUCGAGCCUUUGAAAGAGUUAAACUAUGUCAAAGGCAACGGCCCAAAGAGUGGUGCUAAUAAGAUCACAAAUUCGUCUUAUUUGGAUCUAAUACCCGACAGAUACGAGAUAGAAGAAUCAGCCCGAGAUAGCAAACACUAUUCAUCUAAAAACGAUGAUGUGACGAGGAAACCAUACGAGAAGGAAAUUAAUUAUCUAAGAAACAUGCUAGAGUCGUUUUCAACCGAUAGCUAUUUUGAACAAACAUUUCAAAUUCUUAGAUCCUUAUCCAAGCUUGUCAAUCAAGAGGAGCUUACUCAGUUUGGUAACAAAUCAUUAGAAGCAAUAGCACGAGAUUCAAAGAUGAAACCAGAAGGCUUGAAUAAGAUUAUUGGACAAAUGGAGGAAUUUUGUAACUUUAAAUCCGAUGAACGUACCGAAGCCAUUGUUUUGAAAAGCCUUAUACAAGAUGGCGGCAGUCUAGACAAUUAUUUUGCCCAUAUGGAGGAUAAACGAAUGAUCAAAAAGAUUCUUCGAAACACCGACGUGAUUGGAGCAGAUAAUAUGUUUAAAAUAUUUGACUGUGAUGAAAUUGACGUAUCAUGUGUCCCAGUGGAGUUGAUUGAGGUGUACAAGAAUUACAAGUUAAACCAGCAAAAUGGGCAAGUUGUUGAAGAUACAAUCAAACUACAAAAGAACAUUGAGAUCAACGCAUUGGACAAAGAAAACUUGGAUGAGUUAUUGCCAGUGGAUUCAUUUGGGUUGAAAGUGGUGAGACAUUCGUUACUAGGACUCAAGCCAAACCCAGAGUUGGCUCUACAAUUGGCAAAUGAGAUUGAGGAAAUUGUAGCUGAUUUAGAUGAGAUAACAAAACAGGAAGUUAGAGAUGGGAAACUAAAUUAUCAUGACAUUUAUAAACGAUUGCAAACGGAUGACCAGAAGAUGAAAUUGGACGAGGCCCUUGAGGCGUUCAACAUGGAUAGGCAAAGACAGAUUGAGAUUAGAGGAAUAGAGGGGGCAAAGGAGAAAUGGAAGCAUGACUUUGAUGAAGCUCAGAAAAGAGGCGAUUUCAAUUUGAACAAAAGUAUGAAUGCCCAGUGUUACGACUGGUACCAAAAAAUGAUACCCUUGAUCGAAAAAGAACAUGAAAUGUGCAAGGCCUUGUUGCGAGAGGACAAAUCAGUGACACAAGACGAUGCUACAUCUGCCAAAGACCGAGCAUUCUACGCCCCAUUUUUAAUCAAAGUUGGAGCUGAAAAAGCAGCGGUUAUAACCAUCUUGGAGCUUUUAAAAUUGAAUGCAAGUGGUGGUUACCAUGGUGGAAUGAGAGCUGCAAAGGCCAUUACCUCAGUUGGAAGAGCAAUUGAAAUGGAAUAUAGAACUACCAGCUUGGCAGACCAGGAGUACAAAAUGUCAGUUAGUUCUAAAGUGGCUGGAUCUUCACAAAUGAAGAAGAUUGUCAGAAACUCAAUCGACUCACUCGAUGAGACGGAUCCAGAAUGGGAUCAUGCUACACGUUCAAGAGUCGGUGGAGUGUUUGUUUCAUUUUUGAUGGCAAUAGCAAAAGUCAAGGUUAAAAGACAAACUCCAAAGGGAGCAAUUGAAGAUUAUCAUCCGGCAUUUUUCCAUAGCAUGCAAUUUGUUGGUGGUCAAAGGUUUGGUGUUAUUAAAGUGCAUAAUGAGAUUGGCAAAAACUUGUCAGGAACUUCGUUUAUGGAAACUAUUCAGCCACAAUCAUUGCCCAUGUUGGUUAGACCUAAGCCAUGGGAUUCCUUCUAUGGUGGAUGUGGAUUGUACUCAAAGAAUCCCUUAGUUAGGAUGAGGGAUGCACCAGAGACAGAAGCAUAUGUUAAAGCUGCUGCCAAGAGGGGGAACUUGCAAGAAGUUUUUGAUGGAUUAAAUGUGUUGGGUAGUACGGCGUGGACCAUAAACAAAAAAGUGUUUGAUGUGAUAUCCCAUUACUGGAACAAAGGAGACGAAUUUCUUACUAUCCCACCCGUUUUGGAAUCAGCUCAAUUUCCUCCAAAAUUGAGUCCCGAGGCCGAUCCUUCAGAAAGGUUCGAACACACAAGAGCCACCAUUAAAGCAGUACGGGAAUUUGCUGCCCUGAGGUCUCAAAGAUGUGAUUACAACUAUAAACUUGAAAUUGCUCGAGGCUUCAUUGGAGAAAAAUUGUAUUUCCCACAUAAUCUCGAUUUCAGAGGAAGGGCUUAUCCUAUUUCGCCCCAUCUCAAUCAUUUAGGUGGUGAUUUAACUAGAUCGUUGUUCCUCUUCUGGGAAGGUAAGGAGUUGGGUGAAAAGGGAUUAGAGUGGCUAAAAGUGCAAUUGGCCAAUGUGUACGGUGUCGAUAAAGCACCUAUACUGGAAAGAAUUCAAUUUGCCACUGAUAAUAUUGAACAAGCCAUUAAAUCUGCCAAUGAUCCAUUGAAUUAUGAUUGGUGGACCAAAGCAGAAAAGCCAUGGCAAGCAUUGAGUGUGUGCUUUGAGUUGGCUGAAGCUUAUAAAUUACCCGAUCCAACUAAAUUUGUAUCUUAUUUACCGGUGCACCAAGACGGUACUUGUAAUGGUCUUCAGCAUUAUGCUGCAUUGGGAGGUGAUAUUGAAGGAGCAAAUCAAGUUAAUUUAAACCCCUCUGAUAGACCCCAGGAUGUUUAUACAUUUGUUUCGAAAUUGGUUGAAAAUCGAGUCAUUGCCGAUGCUGAAAAGGGCCAUGAUAUUGCAAUAUUCUUUAAAGACAAGAUCAAAAGAAAGGUUGUUAAACAAACUGUGAUGACAAAUGUUUAUGGAGUUACAUUUGUCGGUGCAUUGGCGCAGAUCAAGAAACAAGUAGCUCAACAUUUUGGCGAAGAUCAAGAUGCACACAUUUACACCAAAUAUUUAACCAAGCAAGUUUUUGCAUCGAUUAGGGAAUUGUUUGAAAACGCCCAUUUAAUUCAAGAUUGGCUUGGUGAAGCAGCCAAGAGAAUCAGUAAAUCAGUUGCGAUUGAUUACGGAGAUGAUUCAAACAAUGAAAGUGAGUUGCAUUCAUCGGCAGUGAUUUGGACAACACCUUUGGGAUUACCUUGUGUUCAACCAUAUCGUGUUAACAAACACCAUUCGGUUAAAACAUCAGUUCAAGAUGUGCUUAUAUCUAAUCCUUCGGGAACUUCAACCAUUGAUGCUAGAAAACAGCAAGCGGGAUUCCCACCAAAUUUUAUUCAUUCCCUAGACGCUACUCAUAUGUUGAUGACGGCUACUCGCUGUGGUGAAUCGAGCUUACAAUUUGCCUCGGUUCAUGAUUCAUUUUGGACGCAUGCGGCAAAUAUCGAUACCAUGAACUCGAUCUUACGUGAUCAAUUUGUACGGUUGCACACAACAAAUCUAGUACAGAUACUCCGUGAUGAAUUUGUUGAGAGAUACAAAGGUUCAUAUCAAAUACUACAUAUUCCAUUGACGCAUGAGUUGACGAGCAAAAUCAAGUCGAUAAAAAAGCAAUGGGCCACUUCAAUUAAGCGAGCAGUCACUAUAACAGAUGAAUUAUACAUGGAAAGGAAAAGAUUGGAGAUGCUACAAUCAAAUAAUCCCGAGGAAGUCGAAGCGGGCAAAAAGAUGGAAACAACAAUUAGUGUGGUCGAAGAUUAUGAUCCUUACAAAUUUUGUUUACAAACAAAGCUUAAAUCUUAUGAUAUUUUAGUUCCAAUCCAAUUCCCCGAAGUCCCAGCAAAAGGUCAAUUUGACGUUCGAAAAGUCAAAGAUUCGCCAUACUUCUUUUCAUAG